AUGAAUUAUACGGACGAAUCUAGUGAAGAUAUACACUCCAAAGGCGGGAGCUCUUCUGACGGGUCAGAGGAGCAUAGUGUGGCGUGCACGGAAGAGGAAGACGAAUCAGGAAAGGAGUUGCAUGCCGCCGACAGGAAAAAAACGUACCGGUGUGCUAGCUGCGGAAGAGCCGUAGAAGAUGUCCUGAUUUUCUCAUGCAAGCAUUUAAUCUGCCUAAUUUGCGCCAGUGAGCAACUGCAGAAAAAGUACGAGAAAUGCAUGAAGGCAUGUUCAGAGGAGGGAGAAAAAACCAAGAGGUGGGGAAAUCACAAGAUAAGCGAGUGCUUUUUAAACUCUAAGGGAGUAGCAAGCGCAAUAGAUAAUGACAAACUAAGUGAACUAUUCAAGAAAGAAAAACUAGGUUACAUCACAUGCUAUAUAUGUAAUGUAAAGAAUAAACUUAGUCUAGACACAAUUGAGUUAUUGACAAAGGUUGGAUUAUUUUCCCAUGAUGUAUUGAAUGUUCAUAAAUUUUUUUUUAAUUCGAACACAAGUAGGGAAUAUGCAAAUGGGAAAAUUAGUGAAGACCACAUUAAGAAAAAGAGCGUACAAUUUAACGAUACGCUAAACAGCGAUGUUGUUAAAAAUGAGGAUUUAAAAAAGUUACUAGUGUCCAGCAGCAUGUACAGAUAUUUAGAAGACCAUACAGAUGAUAUGGGUAAAUAUUCGUACAUAUGUAAUGUGUGCUCAUUGAACGAAGCAGUGAUGUACUGCAAUGACUGUGUGGAGUACCUGUGCAAAGAAUGUUGCAAUAGCAUUCAUCAGGAGGAUAUUAUAAAUAAGGUAAAUUUUACGGAUAAAAAAUGUCAUGAUUAUUAUGAAAUUAACAAGAAAGGGAUACAUCUUAAGAAAAUUGUAAAGUCGCCAAAAAAAUUCCUCAACAUAAGGAAGGAAGACAUUGAAAUAUUGCACGAUAGGGAUGGAGAUAGUUCACCAGAUAAAUUCGUAGAUGAAAAUUUACGCGAAAGAAAAUUUGGAGAUAAUUACACCAAGGAAAUUUACAAAGUGUACGAUGAUGAUAACUCCGAUUUUGACAACUACGAUGAGAACCAUUUUUAUGAGAGAAAGAAGAAGCUUAUAGAUAGGGAAGACACGAAGAAAAAGAGGAUGCACAUUUCGAAGAAACUGAAUGAUUUGGUGGAGGACAUGAAAAAUGCAAGCAGCUACGACAGUGAGAAUUCUUCUGCGAAGGGGACCACGGGAUCAGUCGGCCGGACGGGGGGGGAAAUCAAAGGUGAAACGGGAAGCAGAAAGUAUCAUGAAAAAGGAAAGCGUCGGAAGAAUCGCGAUAAGCAUCAUGCUAAGUAUCGUCACACACCUCAUACAACAGCGAAAAACGCGUGUAAUGCUAUACCAUGUAGGAAAAAGGAUCAGAAGGGGGAAGAUGAGGGAGAAGAAGGAAUAUGCCUUCUAUCGAACAGCACAGUUUCCCACGUAGAUCUCAGCUCCAGUGAGAGUUCCAUGUGCUCCGUAAACAAUUCCGAAAGGGAAAUAUCCAUAAGGGAUAUAAGAAAGGGAGGACAUAAAAUUGAUAGCAAUGUUAUCCUAAACGAUGAAAGUGUAAAUAGUAAGAAUUUCACAACGAUCGAAAAUAUCAGAUGUAGCCAACAUUAUAAUUAUCCUAUCCAAUAUUUCUGCCACACCUGUUGUAACAAAUGCUUCUGUUCCGAAUGUGCAAUAAAUGGCGUACACACAAGUGAGUGUAACAUUGAAAAUAUAAACAAGGCAUUCAUAACGGUAUUAAAUAAUUACUUAAUAAAAUGGAACGAAAUUAUAAAUGAGCUAAUGAAUGAUUUAAAUAGAAACUUUUAUGAAUCUUUGGAAGAUAUUAAGAACGACUGGUCUCUUACCCUAAGCGAAUGUUAUUAUGACUUGAACAGUAAAAUAGGAUACAUCACUAAUAACUUGUCAAAGAAGGAGAAAGAAAUUUUCGAACAGCUGGAUCUCUAUAUGGAUACAUUUAAGAGGGAAAACAUGGACUAUAUCGAACUGUUGAACUCUAAAUAUGAUGAAAUUGAGAAAACCAUUAAUAUCAUUCGGGAUAAUAAAUUUCAAAACAAUCCAAUCGAGAUGAUAAAAUUUUAUAGGAACAAUAUUAAUAUGAUAGAUAGAACUAUUUUGGCAAAUAAUGACUUUAAGCCUAUUGAAGAUUUGUCAAAAAUUCGACAGAGUAAAAUUUUUUACAUGGAUUUGUAUGCCUCACAAAUUGUCAGUUAUAUGCGAUAUUUGCAGGCUUUUUUAAAACCCAGCGGCCCCUAUUUACCAUCUGCCUAG